AUGGACGACGCUAAGAGGAGGGCCCUGAUAAAAUCACAAGCCGUCAAGCAAAAGGAGUCCGGUGAGGUGGUGGUUCCUAAGGGGACGGCAACAUCGAUAAAGAGGAAACCGUCAUCCAAAUCCGACCGUCUACAUAAGCAGCCAAAGGUCUCUCUGGAACCUAUCGUAGGGUUGAUGGCUGAGGGUGUGAAGACCAUCACCCCAGUAAAGCAUGGGUCUGGCAAGGGCUUAAUGAAGGCCCCGUCCACAAGCCAAGAGAAGCCUCCUCCUCUCCUCCGUGACGACUCCAAAUUUGCCUUGGAGAAGCUUUCAUCAAUUAUUUCGUCGGAGGACUACGAGGAUUUGGGCAAUCACUCGACGGAGGCAAUGGGGGAGACGGGUCUCUUUGCUGUUGCACAGUCCUUGGUCAUGAUGAAGGGCCUAAUGGAUCGGUGUCUUAACCGUGAGGCGGCUCUGGAACGUGUGCGAGCAAAGGCAGAGCAGACGGAGGAUGAGCUUGGUCAACUUCACAAGUGGAAGUCCACUAUGGAGAAGAAGUUUGACCUUUCAGAGUAG